UGACACAGCUCCACUAAAUCGAGGUCAAAUUGUUUUUUUCUUGGGUCUGCUGUGAAAUAAGCAGAACUACUUUUUCAUCUCAAUGAAAAUGUCUCCUUGGUGACAGCUCAGUUCCUGUCUUUUCUACCUGUCCGCACACAUAGGAAUCUGUUAAAAUGCUAGUAAUUCUGGUUGUUGACACAUGAACCAAAAAUAAAGCUUCUCAGAUUUUUCUUGUAUGUUUGCAUUAAAGUUAGCCAAAACAUCAGAGCCUUGAAUUAGCAGUGGGAGCUCAGGUGUACUCAGGCCGAACUCAAUAAUACACCUGCUGUUUGUGUGAUAAGGCACUAAUUUCAGUAUGUUAUUGAUUAAGAGCUCAAGGAUGUCUGGUGUUUGGUACAUGGAGUCCCUGAGGUCCCUAGAGGAGAAUCCAUAACUGAACGGGUGAAAAGGAAAAACGAGAGGAACAAUUCCUCAUUCUUCUACUAUCCACAACUAAGACCAUGCCUAUACCGCUCAAUUGUGGAGUCUGGAUAUCUGUGUCGGUCCUUCUAUGUGGAUCUGCAACAUUUACUUCUAACAUUUCAACCCAGAAUCAGCUUCCAAAUGUGACUUUGUUUCAAGACAAGGAGGACACAGGCUGGGAUUCACCAUUUCUUCAGCUGAGAGCCAGUCUACUGUCCUACUCGCAGUCAGUCCGCCCAUACACCCUGCUGACAAACGCUCAAGACUACCACGACAUGCCCAAACCCAGACAUCGCCGCCCUUCUCGCCUCCUGCGUCUUCUGGGAUCCUCCUUUGACCAGUUUUGGAUGUCCAUAGAGCAGCCGUCUGAAUCAUCUGGGGCUCAACCUUUGUUGCCUGGUGGCGUGUUGUCAACCAGAUUACCCACCUACACCACUGCCAGAGAGAAGUUUAACCAGAGUGCCUCUCCAGAGCUGAGAGAGGCUGCAGCUAGCCAGCGCCAGAAGCUGGAGAAGGAAGCUGCAGAUCUGGACCUCAGUUCUCUUCCCUCACAGGUCGGCCUUUUGGUCAGAGACUGGUUAGUGUCCUCGGCCUCUUGUGGAUUAACCUACCAAUGGGUGGAUCUGGGUCUUGCGUUCUGGCCGCGUUGGCUGCGGCAGACUGAUUGUGAAAGAUCAGAUGAAGGGCAAAGUUGCUCCUUUCCUGGUGGGAUGGAGUGUGUGCGAGCUCAGACGACUCCCAUAAACAUCUUGGCGUGGCAUUGCUUGGAUGGCAGAGAGGGAGGCAAUGGGUCUAGAAGGAUGAGGGCUAAUAGCUCUGAUGGCAGCACUGAGAUGGGGACAGGUGAAGUCAUGAAAAGAUGUAUAUGGAGACAAGUGCCUUAUCCUGUGGUCACAGCAUGUACAUGUUCAUGUAAAUGAAUUGUUUUCUCAUCAUAAGAUUUUCCCUUCUCAUCUUUUUCUUCAGCUGGGUUUCUGUAUAACACUGACAAUGAGUUUAUAUUAACGAUGAAAUCAAAUCAAUUUGUUGAGUAAUUUUCCAAACCUAAUUAAAGCUGAUUUUAAUCUUUUCGUUGCAUGUGCCCUAAUGCUACUGGCUUUAAACAGAAUUUAAUAAAAACAUUUUGUCCAGAUAAA